UAUGAUGGAGGAGCUGAGACAGAUCCACUCUGGAGUCCAGAGAGCAGGAAGAUGAUUGAGUCUCUGGGAAAACUGGCUUUUGAGCAGCUGCAGAAAGGAAACCUGAUCUUCUAUGAGUCAGACCUGACAGAGUGUGGCAUCGAUGUCAGAGCAGCCUCAGUUUAUUCAGGGGUGUUCACACAGGUGUUUAAAGAGGAAAAAGGGCUGUAUCAGGACAAGGUGUUCUGCUUCGUCCAUCUGAGUGUUCAGGAGUUUCUGGCUGCUCUUCAUGUCCAUCUGACCUUCAUCAAGUCUGGAGUCAGUCUUUUGUCAGAACAACAAUCAUCACCACAGUUAUCUGUGAUUAAACAUAUGAUGAUGAAACCUUUUAUGAUGAAACAUGAAUAUACACCGUUCUACCACGUUGCUGUGGACUAGGCUUUAGAGAGUCCAAAUGGACACCUGGACCUGGACCUGGUCCUCCGCUUCCUCCUGGGAUUUUCUCUUGAGAAAAACCAGUCAUUCUUACAAGGUUUGAUGACACGAAUGAGAAGUAAUUUACAAACCAAUCAGAAAACAGUUCAAUAUAUCAAGAAGAAAAUCACAGAGUUUCCUUCUGCAGAGAAAAGCAUCAACCUCUUCCACUGUCUGAAUGAGCUGAAUGAUUGUUCUCUAGUAGAGGAGAUCCAACACUAUCUGAAAUCAGGAAGUCUCUCCACAGAUAAACUGUCUCCUGCCCAGUGGUCAGCUCUGGUUUUCAUCUUAUUGUCUUCAGCAAAUGAUCUCAAAGUAUUUGAGCUGAAUAAAUUCUUUGCUUCAGAGGAGGCUCUCCUGAGGCUGCUGCCUUUGGUCAAAGCUUCCAACACAGCUCUACUGAGUAGCUGUAACCUGUCAGAGAGAAGCUGUGAAGCUCUGUCCUCAGUUCUCAGCUCUCAGUCGUCUAGUCUGAGAGAACUGGACCUGAGUAACAACAACCUGCAGGACUCAGGAGUGAAGCUACUGUCUGCUGGACUGAAGAGUCCUCACUGUCGACUGGAGACUCUCAGAUUGAGUGGCUGCAGUUUGUCAGAGAUCAGCUGUGAUUCUCUGGUCUCAGCUCUGAAGUCCAACCUGUCACAUCUGACACAACUGGACCUGAGUAACAACAACCUGCAGAAUUCAUCAGUGAAGCAUCUGUGUGGUUUUGUGGAGAGUCGUCACUGUCGACUGGAGACUCUGAGACUGAGUGUGUGUGACCUGUCAGAGAGAAGCUGUGAAGCUCUGUCCUCAGUUCUCAGCUCUCAGUCCUCUAGUCUGAAAAAACUGGACCUGGGUAACAACAACCUGCAGGAUUUAGGAGUGAAUUUUCUGUGCGCUGGACUGAAGAGUCCUCAUUGUCGACUGGAGACUCUCAGGCUGUCAGGCUGUCUGCUCUCAGAGGAAGCUUGUGUCUCUCUGGCCUCAGCUCUGAGCUCCAACCCCUCCCAUCUGAGAGAGCUGGACCUGAGCUACAAUCAUCCAGGAGACUCAGGAGUGGAGCUGCUGUCUGCUGGAGUCAAGGAUCCACACUGGAGACUGGACACUCUCAGGGUGGAGCCUGGUGGAGUCCGAUGGUUGAGACCAGGUCUGAGCAAGUAUUUCUGUCAACUCACCAUCGACACAAACACAGUGAACAGGAAACUACAACUGUCUGACAACAACAGGAAGAUGACACAUGUGGAGGAGGAUCAGUCAUAUCCUGAUCAUCCAGACAGAUUUGACCAGUGUCCUCAGCUGCUGUGUAGUAAUGGUCUGACUGGUCGCUGUUACUGGGAGGUUGAGUGGAGAGGAUACGUUGAAAUAUCAGUGAGUUACAGAGGAAUCAGAAGGAAAGAAUUGAGUAUAGACUUUUUGUUUGGAUGCAUUGAUGACUUUUUGUUUGGAUACAAUGAUCAGUCCUCGAGUCUGUUCUGCUCUGAUCAUGAUUACUGUGUCAGACAUAAUAACAUAGUAACACCCAUCUCCUCCUCUGUGUCUGACAGAGUAUCAGUGUAUGUGGACUGUCCUGCUGGUUCUCUGUCCUUCUACAGAGUCUCCUCUGACAAACUGAUCCACCUUCACACCUUCAACACCACAUUCACUAAACCUCUUUAUCCUGGGUUUAGGUUCUUGUAUCCUGGUUCCUCAGUGUCUCUGUGUGAUGUGUCGUAGUGAGAGUUUGAUCCUGUCAGAGAAACGUUGUCAGAUCGAUGUAUUAAAACAAACUAUGGAGCAACUUGUGGAUUGUGUGAUCUUUGCAUUACACCUCUUUUUCCCAUUAUCUUUCAUUUUCCUCUGUUAUUGAAAUAAACUGCAAAAAUGUCUCUCAUCAGCUCCUUUAUUACAGUUGAUAAAUAGUUGUGUUGCUCCCAUUUAUUGAUUUUUCCACGAAUCGUUUCAUUUGAAGUAUUAUUCACUGUUCUUCUGACAAACACUGAUCAAGUUGUUUGAGAUUGUGUGGUAUAAUAUAAUAAACAUGUAUGUAACCUUUAA